UCCUCCUACAAAGCCUCCGAAUCAAUCCCUCCCCAAAUCGUCCUUAUAUCCCUCCACUUCCUUCUUGGAUUCGAGGUCGUCUCUCCGUUCCUCCUCCAAGGCAAGCCUCGUAGCCUCCUCGCCCUCCCCUCGAUCAACGCCCUCUCCAUACGCCGAGGUUCUCUCCCCACGCCGCGCUGCUCCCCGUCUCUCGCUCGCAAUCCGGCGGCGGCUAUUUCAGGGCCUUUCGGAUGUCUUCCGGUGCUUCGGAGGCGGACGCCCACGCUGAUGUGGCCUCCGGACUGGCGGUGCCGCUGCCCGUGGUACAUAAACCCAAAGUAAGCUUCUGUCAAGCUUGUGGGAACCCAACUAAGGAAGUUGUACCGGAUGGUGAAGAAAAGGUCAGAGCAGUUUGCACUGUCUGUGGGAGCAUCCACUACGAAAACCCAAAAAUGGUUGUUGGUUGCUUAGUGGAGCAUAAUGAGAAGAUUUUGCUAUGCAAACGCAAAAUUGAGCCAUCUUAUGGACUCUGGACUCUUCCUGCCGGUUAUUUGGAAAUUGGGGAGUCAGCUGCAGAAGGGGCAGUCAGGGAAACCUUAGAAGAAGCAUGUGCUGAAGUGGAAAUAGUUUCGCCAUUUGCUCAGUUAGAUAUUCCUCUCAUUGGCCAAAGUUACAUCAUAUUCCAAGCAAGACUAAAGACACCACAUUUUUCUCCAGGCCCUGAGUCACUGGAAUGUGCACUUUUUGCCUUGGAUGAUAUACCAUUUGAUUCCCUAGCAUUUUCAUCAGUCAUUGUCGCCUUAAAGAUGUAUAUUGAAGACAAAAAUGAUGGAAACCUCAAGUUUCAUUAUUGCACCAUAAAUAAAAGACCAGGCGCUAGCCCAUCUGAUCCCCGUGGUUUUGAUUUGGAUUACCAUUUGCAUUCAUGAAGAUGGUGCAUUUGUUGCGUUCUGAAACAUACAAUCAUCAGGAUAAUGUUGAAAGAUUGGCGCUGGUAAUUUGCUCAGCAGAACAUAUCAUUGUUGCUUCUCAAUCAAUUCGGACGUUUGGGCUGAGGCUACUAUCAUUCUGGGCAUCUGGAUUAUGCCGGAUACUUCCUAUUAAAAUGAAAGCAUUUUUUUCUCAUUAGAUCAGGUCACAUUCCGAAAUCUUUUUCAUGUGCAUCCAAGGGUGGUACUUUCUCUUUUACUUGUUCAAAACAUUUUAGAUAAGAUGACAUCAUUAUUUUUUUUUGUGAAUCUUUGGUAUUAAAUAUGAAACAGGUGUCAAAUUAAUUCCUUGUGGGAGUAAUUGUUAAGGACGUUGCUGGAAUUAUUUUUCAGCAGGUUGUCUCUACAGCCUUUUAGUGCUAACCUCAGAUGUUUUUGUUACAAUUCCCAGCACAUAAUCUAUUGCUAAAUUGCAUGGUUCAUCAUAUUUGGAA